AAGUGCUACACCCCUAAAAUGCAAAGCAUCCUGGAAAACUUGGGUUAGGAGCUGGAGGAUGAGGAAGUUGAGGACCUGCAGAAUCGUCUGCUAACUGAUGAUAUAAAGGUUAAGCUGAAUAGCUCAUGGAAAAUUUAGAGCCAUUCAGAGGAAUCAAGAUUAAUGUUGAUCAAGUAGAUGACGUUUUGAAAAACAUAGGGAUAGAACUCACACCUAAGGAACGCUGGAGGCUGCUAAAAACCCUGCCAAUUACUUUUGAUGGAAAGGUGUAUCAUGUUCGGUUGCUAGAAGGUGUAAAGACUUUCCAAGGAGGGAAAAUUUUAGAAAAUAAACUAGAAACCAUUCUGGAAAACUUGAACUAUGACCUUGAAAAUGAAGAAAUCAAAGAUCUACGGAAUCAUUUGAAAAUUGAUAAUAGUGGAAGGAUUUCACUGAACUCCUUUAUGAGGACAGCAAAUUUAUUUUCUGGUGAUAAAAUUAAUGCCAGUGACACACAACUUUAUCUGAAAAAUAUAGGUAUUGAGUUAACAAAUAAAGAAAGCCAGGAUCUACUGAACAUACUGCCAUUGGAUGAUAACAAUAAGGUGUAUAAAGAAAGGUUGAUGGAUGGAGUGAAGACAUACAGAGGAGGAAAGGUUAAUGUCAAUAAAAUAGAUGAUGCUCUUGAAAAUAUGGAAUUCCCACUUGAAGAGGAAGAAAUUGAGAAAUUGUGCAAUCACCUGCCAGUUGAUGAUGAGAGGAGGGUUAAACUGGAUAAACUUCUGGAUGAAGUACAUGAACUUCUAGGGGAAGAAAUUCACUAUGAAGACCUGGAAAAUAUUCUGAAAAACAUUGAGUUAAGACUCAGACUGAGGGAGAACUCUGUGUUGAUGAAAAGUUUGCCACUUGAUGCUGCUGGAAAGUUGUAUAAGCAUAAGUUGCUGGGUGGCAUAAGGUCUCUCAAAGGAGUGGAGCUUAAUGUUAAUCAGUUAGGACUCUUCAUGAAAAAUAUGGGCUUUGACCUGGAAGAAGAGGAGUACUUGGACCUGCUCAGCAACCUGCCUGCUGAUGAUGAGGGGAAGAUUGAAGUGAAUGUGGUAAUGGAUGAAGGAAAUAUUUUUACAGGUGAGAAGGUCGAUACUAGUAACCUGGAAAUUUUACUGGAAAAUACGGGGAUAACACUCACAGAAGAUGAAGGCCUGAAACUACAGAACAAGCUUCCAGUUGAUGCCAAAGGAAGGGUGUACAUGAACAGAUUGAUGAAAGAGUUACAGUCUCUCAAAGGGGUGAAGGUGUCUCUAAAUAAGGUGGACACUUUCCUGAAAAACAUGGGAAUUGAUCUCAAGAAGAAAAAAAUCCAGGAACUGAAGGACCUCCUACCAACUGAUGGUAAUGGGAAGAUUGAUGUAAAUGUACUGAUGGAUGAAGUUAAAAAUAUUACAGGAGAGAAGAUUCCUGCUGAGGACCUGAAAAAUGUUCUGAAAAACAUGGGAAUAGAGAUCACAAAUAAGGAAUAUAAAAAGUUUCUGAAAACCCUGCCAGUUUCUGCUGAUAAAAAGGUGUUUGAGAAAGAAUUACUAGAGGGUGUGAAAUCCUUCAAAGGAGGAAGAGUCAAUGUUGGUAACAUAAAAAAUGUUCUACAAAGUAUUGGGUUCAGACAUGAAGAAAAAGAAAUCCAGGACCUGCAAACCCACCUACCAGUUAUUGAAGAUGAAAAGGUGGACUUGGCUGUGUUGAUGGAAGCAGCCAGUGCCUUUACAGGAGAAAAGGCGGAAGCCAAUGACUUAAAAAAUGUACUGGGAAACAUGGGAAUUGAGAUCACUGAAACAGAGCAGUUGAUGCUGUCAAAAACUCUGCCAGUCUCUGGAGAUGGAAAGGUGUACAAGAAAAGAUUACUGAAUAGUGUGAAACUUCUCAAAGGAAAGAAAGUCAGUAUCAGUAACCUGGACCCCCUUAUAAAGAACAUGGGAAUUCAGCUUGAGAAAGAGGACCAUCAGGACUUACUGAAACACCUGCUGACUGAUAAGAAUAAAAUGGUUGAUUUGAAUGUGGUGAUGGACGACGCAAAAGCUUUUAUAGGAGAGAAGGUUAAUGUGGGUAAUCUGAACAAUGUGCUGAGGCAAAUGGGACUAGUACUGACGGAUGAGGAGAAUAAGGAGCUGUUGAAAACUCUGCCCAUUCAUGCUGAUGGAAGAGUAUAUAAGAAGAGAUUGCUAAAAGGUGUGAAAGCACUCAAUGGACCAAGGGUCAAACUCAAAAAAGUGAAAUCCCUUGUGGAAAACAUGGGAAUUAGACUCAAUGAUGAGGAACUUGAGGAAAUAAUGACUGAUGUGUCAACUGAUGAUGAUAGAACCGUUGGUCUGAAUGAUUUGAUGAAUGCUGUCAGUUGCAUAAAGGGAGAGGUGAUUGAUAUCCAGGACUUGGACACCUUUCUAGCCAGUGAGGGGAUCGAGCUCACAGAAGAUGAUAUGAAGGAGCUGAUGCCUCAUUUGACAGUUAAAGGAAAUGGGAAGGUUAGAGUGCCUUCAAUAAUGGUGGGCCUGAAGAAGUUUAAACCAAAAGGACUCGCGCCACUACACAAGUUGAUGAAAACUGAACACGACGCUAAAGACAGAGUUAUUGGCCCCAUGGCAGUUUCUGAUAUUAAAUCAAAAGUUAAGCUGAAUCCUCUAACAAAAGUACCCAGCUCCCAUGGCAAGAGGGAUAAAGAUUUACCAGGAUCUCUCCCAUGCCAAUUACAGCACAAAGAAAGGAAGCUGAAUGCUUCACAAAUACAAGCCUUCCAAGAUGCCUACAACUUCUUUAACAAGGAUAAAACUGGCUGUAUUGAUUUACACGGAAUGAUGUGCACUCUAGCCAAGUUGGGAAUGAAUCUAACCAAGCGUGAUGUCUAUAAUGAAUUAAAAUGUGCUGAUAUUGAUGGGGAUGGAAAGGUGAAUUUCUCAGACUUCAUAAAGGUGUUAACAGAUAAGAACCGCUUUCUUAAAGCUGUGGUUCCAGAAAAGGAGAAAUGUUUAGAUUUAGCUGGCAACCCAGGGAUCCUGUUGUUUGAAAUCCUAUCAAAGCUUGUAGAGACUUCAGCCUUACCCAGAAAGGCUAUAAUGGAAAUAGUAAGCUAUUUCCAAAGAAAAUUCCAGGAAACCAGGUCAGGAAUGUUAUGGAAUCCCUACACCAUGGCUUAUGAAAAAAGGAGAUUUAAGCAAGACAUAUGCACCCCUCCCAACUCAAGCACAGCUGCCUUUGCCAAUGCUGCCCGGACUGCAAUAAUGAAAGAAAAGGAUUUAUUUAAAUUUCUUGAAGAGCUCAAGAGGUGCAAUCCUCCUUCAGAUAGCCCAUAUUCAAAAAUACCCAUCUUUCCAUUGUUUCCUAAUGUGGAUGGGGUAGUGAUGGGAAAGCCAUUCAAAGACAUGCAGAAAUUAGAAAUGCUAAGGAGAAAGGAGCCUCUGAACUUCUUUGAGAACUAUUUUUUCCAUAAAAGAGACUGGAAAGCACAGGCAGCAAAUAUAAAGCCUAUUGACCCCGUCUCAGGCUGUCCUACUGACAUCCUGGCCAUUGACCAAAUGCUCAAAAAGAAGAAGAAUUGGACAGUGACUGAUGCGGCAGCUAUUAAACAGCCCGUGAAGAGAGCUAUAGAUACCUAUAACUUGGGAAUUGCCCUGGAGCACCGGAAAGACAUGCUAAACCUCUGGCAGAAGAUCCGAGGGGAUUUGAUUGGAAUAGACACUAAAAAUGAGUCCUUUUAUGAUACCUUUUCUACUUACACAUGGUCCUGGAAUGUUUGCCAAGAAUUACUUUCACCAAAGGACUUAAGGUUAUAUGAUGCCUACAUGAAUAGGCAUACCUUCCACAACUCUGUAUUCUCUUCUUCCUCGGAUAUCAGUGAAUGUGACACAGACACAGGAAGAAAACGAAAACGGAAAGGUUUCAAAGGGUUUCGACGAUGAGAUUUCUACAUUUUCUAAAUAGUUCACUGCAAACUACUUUUUCAUAGAUAUCAAAAUUGUGGUUUCUUGCUUUUGUCUAGUACAUUCUUAGCAGCUGGAAAUGUUGACAUCUUUUGAAUUCUGACCAGUAAAAAAGUUUAAGUCAUAA